CUUUCUCCUUCUCAAAUUCAGUCCGCUCAGUUCCCUCCUUGCUGAGAACUGAAUUAGUUCAGUUGGACCCAGUCAGGUCAAUCAUUUUCCCAGUUGCCCACCAUGAAGCUCCUCUAUCCCGUGCUGUUUCUCACCCUGGCCACCCUCACUACUGCAGCUCCUUCUGAUCCCGUCUCCAACUUCACAGACCCCCUCCUCUCCUUUCAGCUCCCUCAAAGGCUCCUUCGCCCCCUGGAACUCCAAGAUCCUCUCCCCCUACAAAACAGCGCUGACAUCGCCCUCGAACGCAACACCUACAUCACAUGCCGCGGCAGCGAACUCUUCCUCUCUAACACGCGUUGGACCGCUUCCGGCACAAAUGUGUACUGGCUCGGGCUCGACGAGAACGUGAUCCCGCCCGCCGGCGCCCCCUUCUACGCGCUGCUGAACGCGAGCUACCCGACCAAAGCCCGGAUCACCGAGAUCAUGAACACGGUCGCGGUGUUAGGGGGACGGACGAUCCGCUCGCAGACGCUGGGGGGUUAGUGUAGGGAAUCCGCUGAGUUUGAUGCCGGAGCUGGGGGUGGUGAAUGAGGAUGCGUUUGAGACGAUGGAUUGGGCGGUGUACGAGGCGAGGAUGCAUGGGGUGCGGUUGUUUGCGCCUUUGGUGAGUAUGGAGGGGC